UCUAGCGUGUCAGAUACUGUUUGAUACUACAUCUUUUGUCUAAGUAUACACCCUAGUACGCCAAGUUUUCUUUGUAGUGUAGGUAGCUUGCGGUAAGAUUUGUAAGGCUUUAAGAAUUACAUAACGGAGAAUUGGAAGGGCAAUCUCUUUAUCAAAAACUACGUAUGUCUUCCUUUGACAGUAGGCUAAUCAGCGUUCAGUGUCUGGCUGUCAAGGAAUAUUCCGACCAGCAUAGUUUGUCUGACUUUGUUAUAAGGCACAUCCAGCAUAGUUUGUCUGAACAUCAUCGUCAAGCAUAGCUUGUCUGACUAACUAAGGAACAUCCAGCAUAGCUUGUCUGACUGUCAUCAUACAUAAUUGUCUGAACAUCAUCGUCCAGCAUAGUUUGACUGCCACCGUCCAACAAAUCUUGUCUGACUACCAUCGUCCAGCAAAUCUUGUCUGACUACCAUCGUCCUGCAAAUCUUGCCUGACUGUCAUCGUCCAGCAAAUCUUGUCGACUACCAUCGUCCAGCAAAUCUUGUCUGACUACCAUCGUCCAGCAAAUCUUGCCUGACUGCCACCGUCCAGCAAAUUUUGCCUGACUACCAUCGUCCAGCAAAUCUUGCCUGACUGCCAUCGUCCAGCAAAUCUUGCCUGACUACCAUCGUCCAGCAAAUCUUGCCUGACUACCAUCGUCCAGCAAAUCUUGUCUGACUGCCAUCGUCCAGCAAAUCUUGUCUGACUACCAUCGUCCAGCAUAGCUUGCCUGGCUGCCAUCGUCCAGCAAAUCUUGCCUGACUGACAACCAUGCCGGAGACGAACGACCUUGUGUUUGUGGGUACCCUGGUCCACUCGACCAAAACAAAGAGUCUUGAAGUGCUCACCGACACCGCCAUUGCCGUGAGAAACGGGAAGAUAAUUUUUGUGACCAGCAAAGACCAACUAUCCACCGUGCUAGAAAAGUAUCAAAUAUCUCAAGAUGACGUCAUCUAUUUAAAACAAAAAUUUCUGAUGCCCGGAUUUGUUGACUCACACGCGCAUGCGCCGCAGUUUUCAUUCGUCGGCACCGGAAGCGGCCUGGAGCUGUUGCCAUGGUUACAGACGUACACCUACCCCACAGAGACCCGGUUCCUCUCAGACGACCAGUUCGCGUCUGAUGUCUACAACAAAUGUGUGAACAGGACGUUGAGAAACGGAACGACCACAGUUUGUUACUUCGCCACCAUAGACCGCAGGUCAACCAUGACGCUGGUUGAUGCCGUUGCUCGCCAAGGUCAAAGGGCGUUUAUUGGCAAGGUCAACAUGGACACGAACUCACCGGACAGCUACAGGGAGUCACGUGACCAGUCGGUGUCGGAUACCAGACGAUUUAUCAAAGACGUUUUAGAUAAAAAGAACCCCCUCAUCACACCUUGCAUCACACCAAGAUUUGCAGUCACGUGCAGUAUGGAGCUCAUGAAACAACUUGGCCAUCUCGCGACAGAAUUUUCACUUCCGGUUCAGACACACAUCAGUGAAAACGUGGGCGAGAUUGAGCUGGUGAGCCAACUUUUCCCCGACACACGUUCGUACACAGAGGUCUAUGACAGGGCGGGUCUUCUGGGCUCAAAGACCAUUCUUGCCCACGGCGUUCACCUAUCACGUGAUGAGCUCAGGUUGAUCAAAGAUAGAGACAGUGGCAUCAGUCAUUGUCCCAACUCCAAUAUCAGCCUCUGUAGUGGAAUUCUUGAUGUCAGGAAAGCUUUAGACGUGGGGGUCAAAGUCGGACUUGGCACGGACUUUGCUGGCGGCCACAGCCCCUCCAUGCUAGACGCCAUACGGCGGGGGGCAGAGUCAGCAAACAUUCUCAAACAGCAGACGUUGCUCAAAGAGGAGUCAGUGACGCCACUCACGUACAUGGACAUGUUCCGUCUGGCCACACUGGGGAGUAGCGAAGUACUUGGACUUGAUGACGUCAUCGGGAACUUCAGCGUGGGCAAGGAGUUUGACGCCAUAGUGGUCAACGCUUACGUCAAAGGCGGACCGUUUGACGUCUUUGUGACGGACAACAUUGAUGACGUCAUACAGAAAUUUAUUUUCUUGGGGGAUGAUCGGAACAUUGAGGAGGUUUACGUUGCUGGGAGGAAGGUGCUGGCACACACGGAAUAAAACUUUGCCAGGAAUUAUGGGAUGUUGACUAAAACGUGUGACAGGAAUUAUGGGAUGGUGACCCAAAAAAACGAGGCAGGCUAUGUGAUAUUUAUGAGCUUGUGACCCGAAAUUAUUCAAUGGCCCCAAAACCUGUAGCAAAUUUAAUACCAAAGACAAAUAUCUUACCGAGUGAUUAAAUAAAGAUUAUUGUUAACCCUGUACAAAAAUAAUCACUGUACAUCUGUAUAUACUUUCGUUUUUACAAAUAUUCAAGGAAGAGGUGGAAGCAUAUAUCGGUAAAAAUAUAAAAAAAGCAAAAUGUUAAAUAAACAGAGUUAAAGAUAUACACAUGAGAGCAGUUCCCAUAGCCAUACACUAAUCAAUAUAAAAUUGGUUUACUAUAAAAGGGAGACAAACCUUAUAAAACUUCAGAUGUUGAAUGAACACAAUCAGUGCUAGUUUUUAGCUCCCCUUAUUAUUGAGAGACUUUUAGAUAUCGAUAGCUGCUAAUGUUGUACUAAAUAAACAACGAAUAUUGUGAUUCUUUUAUGGUGUACAAUGUAAUUUAUCCCGAAACAUAUAACAA